AUGUCAAACUGCCUGUUUCAAUGCGAGAAGGAAGACCUGACGUCUGAGAGUACCUGCGAAAAUUGCGGAGAUCGAUGCGGGACCUGUUCUAAGAUCGACAAAAAGACAAAAACAUAUGUGACUCCUCCCUGUCUCGGUAGAUGCGGGGGUCGAGAACGUGUCUUUAAGACUCUAUUCGAUCUCGGAAUUUGGAUGUUCAGUGAACAACAUAAAGGAUUUACUGUCUUUUUCCACAAUUUGUCUUACGAUGGUCAGUUUCUCCUUCAGUAUUUAUUUUCACAGUCCCUUCGCCCCUCUUUUACCAUAUACAGAGGAAGCAAGAUUCAGAUGUUCAACAUCAGCGGAUUACAAAUUAGAGUCAUAGACUCUUUUAAUUUCCUUCCCAUGGCCUUGUCCAAACUUCCCAAAGCCUUCCAACUAGAUUCUUUGAAAAAGGGAUAUUUUCCUCAUUUUUUCACGAGUGUGGCCAAUUUAAACUACCUGGGGCCCUAUCCUCCUGCCAAGACUUACGUUCCCGGCGGAAUGUCGGUAGAAGGCAGACAGGAAUUCUUAAAAUGGUACGACGCUAAAAUAACAAGUGGUGUCGUGUUUGAUUUCCAAAAGGAAAUGCUCGAGUACUGCCGCAGCGACGUGGACAUCCUCCGUCGAGCCUGUCUCAAAUUCAAAAACCUUCUGUGGGAAGCAACGUCCGUAGACGGAGGACGGGGUGUCGACGCUUUCGGUUCCUGUACCAUAGCUUCGUUAUGCAUGAACGUCUUCAAGACAAAAUUCUUACCCGAAGACUGGAAGAUCUUGGUUCAGGAAAACAACGAUGAACAGUGGUUAAUGGAGAGACGACUAGACGGGCAAGCAGAAGUGCUCAAAAAGUCCAUUGCAUGGCUAGAAUGGUUACGGAAACGUGCACGAGUCGAGGGACGAAUUUUCAACAUCCGACAUGCCCUCACUGAUCGUGGUGAAUAUCGCGUUCCUGGAACGCGGUAUUCUGUAGACGGUUACGUUCCCCCCAGUUUAGAUAAUCCAGGUGGCGUUGCGUACGAGUUUCAUGGAUGCAGAUACCACGGUUGUCCCCUCUGUUACAAGAAUGGGGACGACGUCCUGAUACCCAAUUCGAACCAGACAGCAUCGGAAUUGUUGGCCCUGACACGACACAAAGAACGUCAGCUUCGAGGACUUGGUCUCAAAGUCGUCGUCUGCUGGGAACACGAAUUCGACGUCCUGUUGAAGUCGGAUGAUACAGUCAGGACUUUUGUCGACCAACUCGAUUUGGUCGACAGACUGGAUCCCCGCGACAGUCUCAUGGGAGGACGUACCAAUGGAUGUGUCUUGUACAAACGAGCAACCAGGGAUACCAAGAUAAAGUACGUGAAUUUCACCUCACUGUAUACCUUUGUCAACAAGACCUGUCGGUAUCCGAUCGGUCACCCCGAGAUCAUCACACGUGAUUUUAACGACCUCUCUUCCUAUUUUGGAUUAGUGAAAGUCAAAGUUUUGCCACCUCGUGGUCUCUUUCAUCCGGUCUUGGGCUAUCGUACGGGAGGUAAAUUGACGUUUCCUCUGUGUCGGACUUGUGUGGAGCGUCAGCAACAAGAACCUUGUACUUGUACUGAAGCACAGAGAGCCUUGACGGGGACUUACUGUACACCCGAACUCGAAAAAGCCGUUCAGAAAGGAUACAAGAUUUUGAAAAUGUACGAGGUGUAUCAUUGGUCCGAAACUUCAAAAUACGAUCCAUCUGCUCUGACUGGAGGUCUCUUUGCCUCUUAUAUCAACCUUUUCUUAAAAAUUAAACAAGAAGCCAGUGGUCGACCGUCAUGGGUUCAAACAGAUGAGGAUCUGAAUCGAUACAUUGAGAUGUACGAACGCAAAGAAGGAAUCAGACUCGAUCCGGGUAACGUUGAGUUUAAUGCGGGUCUUCGAAGUCUGGCCAAAUUACUUUUAAACAGUUUUUGGGGAAAAUUUGGACAGCGUUUGAAUUUGACAAAGACUCAAUUUUUGCACGACAGUCAAGCAAACGUACUCUACCAAUCCAUGGUCGAUCCUACCGUCGAAAUUGUCGACUUUCAGAUUGUCAACGACGAGAACCUCAUGCUGUCAACGAAACGUACCUCCGAGGAGAUGUGUUUACCGGGUCAUACAAACGUAUUUCUGGCAUCCUUCACUACCUGUUGGGCCCGCCUCCAGCUGUACGAGUUACUAGACCGUUUACAGACUCGCGUCCUGUAUUGGGACACAGAUUCCGUCAUCUACACUACCAAAGAAGGGGAUUGGGACCCUCCCGUUGGUGAUUAUCUAGGAGAACUAACAAACGAACUCGAAGAAGGGGACUGGAUCACAGAAUUUGUCUGUAACGGUCCCAAGAAUUACGCUUACCAGACACAUAACGGUAAGCGAGUAUGUAAAGUCAAGGGAUUUUCCUUGAACUACCAAUUCGCAAAUUCUGAAUCUGGAAAGCAUGAAGGAUGCCAUGUUUAA